AUGAGUCUUGCCGGUCAGGCCUUCGUCGUUACAGGCGGAGCAUCCGGGAUUGGGAAAGCAAUCGUCAAAAAACUCCUUGAAUUGUCAGCCAAGGUCUAUGCUCUCGAUCUAUCCGAGAUUCCGAUCCACUCAUCCACUCCUGGGGAGCUAGUACCGUUCUCAAAAGUCGAUGUUUCUUCACGAGCAAGUGUCAAGUCCGUUUUCGACAAAAUCUCACCCCUAGACUCGGAGCUCCGAGGCUUGGUCAACUGUGCUGGUAUCCUACGCCCUACAGACGGUUCUGAGAAGUCUGAUGAAAGCUUCCGCUUACUUUGGGAUGUCAAUGUCAUGGGAACAUGGAACACGAACACAGAAUUCCACAACUUUCACCGACCGGCGAGUAUUGUCAACUUGGGGUCCAUGGCGUCGGUCAGGGGUAUCCAUGGACUUUCGGGAUAUGUUGCCAGCAAGCAUGCCGUGCUUGGCCUCACUCGCACAUUUGCUCAGGAAUGGGGACCUGAAGCGUUCAGGGUCAACGCUGUGGCCCCAGGAGCUGUAAAUACGCCAAUGAUACAGGGGAUGUCGGGAGACGAUUCGCAUAAUGCAGCAUACAAAGGUGCUUUCAAGAGCCUAUCGGAACCUGAGGAAAUCGCGGACGUAAUUCUGUACCUUCUGGGAGACGGUUCGUCGUCAAUCAGUGGGCAGCUGAUUGAAGUCAAUGGCGGAUGGCCUUAG